ACGACCUUCUCUUGCUCCUGACCACCACUCCGCAGGAUAUGGCGACUACAGACCGCGAUCCCGACCGCUACUACGAGUACAUCAUCCACCGUGUUCCCGGCAGGGAUAGCAUUCAACCAAGCCUCAGCUCCGGGCUGAAAAAAGGAAGGCGCUUCAGGCGCUUCACCAUCAUGUUUGCGAUAGAUGAAGGAGAUUACCAUGAAUGCGACUCGACCUGGGAUACAGAGCUGCACAUUGCUGCCCACAACGCAUCUUUACUUCGUAUCUGGCUCCGCGGUGAGCACAGCAAGGAGGAAGGCGAAUACCUGGCAUGGAAAGUUUGUGAUGUGAACCUCUUGCUAUCGGCCAGCGAGCCGAUCAUCGAGGAGCUCAAUAUCUACAACCAAAGCAUGAGCGAGAGGCCGCAGGUUGCUUUGACUAUCUCCUGCAAGCGACUUGAGGAUCUGACUGCGGACGAACUGUCUGCGCGAUUCUCCUUCUUACGGAAAUGGGCGAAAAUAGAUACAUAUACAAGACGUGUCGUCGACGUAGGCCAAGCCGUGGCAGAGCUGAAUCCCGUGUCCAAAGCAGUCCUCGCGCUAGUAAAGAUAGGGAGCAAUGAACUGAGCAACAAAUUAGCCAACAACCGUGCGAUACUUGCUCUCAUCGAUGGGAUCUGCGAAGCCAUCCAACAGGACAAUGCCGAUGACCCAGAAUUUCAAGAUCAAAGUCAACAGCAGAUCCGAGCUCGCGAAGUCUUGAUGAAACAUAUAUGCACCGCAUUGACCUUCGUUCAUUCUCUGUCCGACGCUGGCACUCGUCGAAUCUUAUCUGAGAAGACCCGCAAGCGCGUAGAGGAGCUACAUGAGAAGAUUCUCACAUCUAGGCACGGAGUCGAGACUGCAAGACAUAUAGACACUCAGACUUCCGUGUUCAGGUCAGAAACUCUUCUUGUGACGCAAAGGCUCUUAGAGCACCUCCCUUACGCGCCACACGUGCAACCAGGAAGCUCGAAGAGAUGUCAGCCCGGCACCCGGGUGAUCCUACUCGACGAGAUUGUCGACUGGGCCUACAGCCCGAAUAGUACACGUGGAUUUCUGCUCUCCGGCGCUGCCGGUACUGGAAAGUCAGCAAUCGCAAAUUCGGUAGCCGAAAACCUAGCUAGUCGGGGUGUGUUUGCACCGUUCUUCGCAUUCGACAGAUCGAGCCAAGAUCGCAAAGCGCAUCAGCUAUACCCCACGCUCGCCGCAUACCUGUUGUGUCGCUGUAAACGAUAUCAGCAGGCUCUUCGCACGCAAGAAGCGAACCGACUAGUGACUCGUGAUAUUCAGGACCAAUACACUCGCCUCUUCGACGAGCCAAUUCGCGCACACACAAUCCUGGAGCCUGUUGUUAUCGUCAUCGACGCGCUUGAUGAAUGUCCAGAUGCGGGCAACGAUGGUCUCCUUCGCAGAGUGCUGCUAGAAACACUGCGCACAUGCCUUUUGGAUGACCAGUUGCCCCGUAAUAUUCGGAUUCUUAUCACUGCGCGGCCUGACAAAGACAUACAGAGUGUCCUCAUGCACAAAAACACAGCACUCGCAGAGCGCCCCAUACACAAUGUGGAAGGCACUAAGGACGACAUACGUGCAUUUGUCAAGAAGAAACUCGAAGGAGAGGAGGCUGCAGAACUGGCAGACGAAGUGGCGACCGCCUCGCAAUCUCUCUUCGAGUGCGCUGCCACCCUGUGUCGAGAAUUGACUGGGGUGAAUAGACCAAAGACCAUCCAGUUGCGACAUGAUCUCGUCCAGCGCGUUCUGCACUCUGGUGGGCGCGCCCUCUACGAGUCGUACCGUGGCAUACUCGAGGCACAUCUCGAUGUUGAUAGUAUGGCUUGCAUGUCGAGUUACCGUCAAUUGCUGGCCUGCAUCUUUGCAGUUCGUACUCCGCAGACAAGGGCGGUCUUGCAGGAGAUCGCAGCAGGCCUUCAAUCGACGAACGACAUCAUGGAUAUAUUGAAGGGACUCGGAUCUCUUCUCACUGGUACUACGGCAAAUGGCUACGAUCCCAUUCGCCCACUUCACACAUCAUUCCGCGACUUCGUUCUCGACGCCGAGGCUAGCGGUCCUUUCGCCAUCACAUCUGAAUUCGCCGCCGCCGACUCGCAGCUUGCUCUCGCGUGCUUCGGCAUCAUGGGCAGACCAAAGAGCGGCCUCCGUUACAACAUAUGCGACCUACCCUCUCCUUUUGUGUACAAGAAGGAUGUCGAGAACUUGGAUGAACUUCUCAGCAAACACGUCUCUCUUGGGCUCCGAUAUGCAUGUCGAGAAGUCUCGGUACACCUCUCACACAGUCGGCUCGACAGUAAGGACCUAGUGACCGCCUUGAUGGCGUUUCUACAAGGCCCCUUUCUCUUCUGGCUCGAGGCAUGCGGCUGGUUAGGGUAUGAGCCAUGCGACGUUCUUCAAGAUAUGCUGGAAUGGGUGAAGAUACACGACAGCAACGGAUCGAAGCCCCUCGUAUCGGACUUCAUCUCGUUCGCGAAGCGAUUCCGCAACGCCAUCUCGACAUCGCCUCCUCAAGUUUACAUCACUGGCAUGCUCUUUGCGCCGAAUAACUCGCAUGUAUCGCGAUUGUAUCGGCCUUGCGUCUCUACCCCUAUGGAUAUAUCUGGAUACGAGCCAGAGCGAGAGUGGCCACCGAGCGAGACCCUCGUGAUUCAAGACAGCGCCUGCAAUCCUUCCAUUGCUUUUUCCCCCGAUGGUGCGAAGAUCAUAGCCGGCGACCAUGAGCUUCGAAUAUGGGAUGCGGAGACGGGGCGGCAGAUCGGCAGUGCCAUGCGAGGACACGAAAGGCUGGUCUGUUCUGUCGCUUUCUCUCCUGAUGGCUCAACGAUCGCUUCUGGCUCGUAUGACUGCACUGUUCGACUCUGGAAUGCCAACACCGGGCAGCAGCAGGGCGAGGCAUUGCGCGGACACACUGACUGCGUUCAGUCAGUCGCGUUCUCCCCGGACGGCGCGGCCGUCGUCAGCGCCUCAGAGGAUUGCACAUUGCGAUUGUGGGAUGCGAAGGCCGGGAAGGAGAUUGGUGAAGCGAUGGAGGGACAUUCGAGUUGUGUUCGAUCUGUCGUCUUCUCGCACGACGGAGCUCGCAUUGUCUCCAGCGCUGAUGACCGCACAAUCCGCAUAUGGGAUACAGCAGCGCGACAGCAGCUAGGCAAUCCCAUAUGGCACGAAGACGAACUCAGAUCAGUCUCAAUCUCGCGCGACGGCAAGUACGUCGCUUCUGGCUCUCACGACGGGACUGUCCGUGUAUGGGAUGAAGGUGGGAGGCAGCAAGUGUGGGCAUCGCAUGGGCAUACAGACCGGGUAUGCGCAGUCGCCUUCUCGUCUGAUAGUACGCGCAUCGUCUCGGGUGGGCAGGAUGACACCGUCCGCAUCUGGGAUGCAGCCUCAGGAGAGCAAGUCGGCGAUGAGUUGCGCGGCCACGCCGGUUAUGUCUCCACCGUCGCCUUCUCUCCGGACGAAAAGCGCAUUGCAUCCAGCUAUUAUGACGAGAUCUGGGUCUGGGACGUUCGGGAGGCGAAGAAGGAAAGCAACAUCCCGGUCCGACACACCACCUGGAUCACCUCGGUCGCUUGCUCGCCGGAUGGCAAGUACAUCGUUUCUGGCUCGUACCAGACGGUGCGACUGUGGAACGUGCAGACGGGGCAGCCGGUGGGGGAUUUAAUGACGGGGCACAAUGACGAAGUCAACUGCGUCACGUUCUCGCCGGACAGCACGCGAGUUGCCAUCGCCUCGGACGACCGGAAGGUGCGAGUGUGGGAUGUGGAGACGCAACUGCCUGUGGGCGUGCUUGAAGGGCACGACCGUCCGGCUCUCUGUGUCGCAUUCUCACCUGAUGGCACUCGCCUUGUGUCUGGAUCGGUGGACGAGACUUUGCGUCUCUGGGAUCUGGCGACAGGGCAGCAGAUCGGCGAACCGCUCUAUGGCCACAAAAGCUGGGUUGAAUCUGUGUCAUUCUCAAGCGACGGCUUGUACAUCGCUUCUGGCUCCGCUGACCGCUCUAUUCGACUUUGGGAUGCCAAAUCACAGCUGCAGCGGAGAGGGGCACUCGAAGGUCAUCAGGAUCAUGUUCUGUCCCUCGCGCUCUCGUCCGAUGAGGUGUACCUCGUGGCUGGCUCGUCUGACGUAGACACAGCGAUCCACCUAUGGGACGUGAAGACGGGCGAGCAGAAACCACUUACCGGUCAUACUGACCGGGUACCGUCUGUCUCCUUCUCGCUUGACGGGAAGUACGUUGUGUCCGGAUCUCGUGAUGGGACGGUGCGAGUCUGGAGUGUGCAGACUGGGCAGCAAGUCGGCGUCACCUUGCGAGGGCACGAGGCCGGGGUCUCCGUCACCUUCUCCUUUGACAGCUGUCACAUUGUUUCUGGCUCCUGGGACGGUACGAUCCGAGUUUGGGACUUUGGGAAAUUGCAGAGGUUGGAGAACACGGUCGACGCUGCAAGCACGGACACGACGAGAGCUUGUGCGCAGGCAGCCCUCAGGAAGGGGUCAACGAUUCCUUGGAAUGGCUGUAUGGUGUAUGACGACUUCGAUGGCUCUGAGCGACCCCUCAUUUGGAUUCCCCACCACUUGCGGCACUACCGCCACAUCACUUCGCUUUACCAGAUCCAGUUUGUCCCGCCGGCUCCCCACAUCCGCAUCACGCUUAACGACUUGUUCCGACUCAACGAGUGGCCGACUUAUACGCCUGCACCCGCUCCUAUGGAGCCUCUGGAGGCGCUGGGAUUGGAGGAGUAGGAUGGGACUGCCAGUCAACUUAGGAAGAUUCAUCCGCGCCAUUCACUGAAUGGACAACAGCCUGCGUUCGACCCUGCGCCGACCCGACUCCCUUCCCAUACAUUUGACUGCACCUGCCGAAUUCCCUGACGCGUCGAACCUAUGCAGAACCGACCUUUCCGUAUAUACUCGACUUCAUCUCACAUUUCCUUGACUUGUUAGUGAUGUCCUCUUCCUGACAAUUGCGUCCUCGUAUGACUUGCCUAAACAUCUUCUCCCACGACACUUACAUAUUCCCGCCGCGUCUCGAUUCGACCAUUGGCCGACA